AUGAGCAACAUACUCGACCGUAGUCUGGAUGAGAUUCUUGCCGAUCGCAAGAAGAACAAUUUUAACAGAGGCUCGCGCGGUGGUGCAAGUCGCCGUCGUGAGAGAGAUGAUAGGCCUAGAGAUGGCGUUAGAAAGUCCUUCAGAGACGAUGAGCCGCGAAACUUGGACUCCGAAUGGGUUCAUGACAAAUUCGAGGAUGACAGCGGUCGCCGCCCUGCUGCUUCCAAAGGUCGUCGUCGCUCUCCGGAGCCGAAUAGCGAUCCCCGUGGCACCAAGCUUAGGGUAGACAACCUGCACUACGAACUGACGCAGCAAGAUCUCGAAGGCCUCUUCUCCCGCAUAGGCCCCGUUAUCUCCGUCCACCUCAAAUACGACCGCGCCGGCCGCUCCGAGGGCGUCGCCUUCGUCACCUACGAACACCACCGCGACGCUGUACAGGCCAUCAAAGAAUUUGACGGCGCCAACGCCGCCGGCCAGCCGAUCCGUCUGACUCUUCUCCCAUCAGGCCCGUCAUCCUCACGCGGCAGUGGUCGUAAUCCCUUCGAUAGUGCCGUCAAGCCCUCGGUGCUGGGAACGGGCAGACCCCUGGCGGAGAGGAUUACCGUUUCCACGGAGAGGGUCAGGUCUAGGUCUUUGAGUCCGGGGAGGGAUAAUUCUGGAGAGGAGAACGGUCGGGGAAGGGGUAGGCGUGGGGGUGGGGUGGAUAGGUACAGGCCUAGGUCGAGGAGUCCGCCUAGACGACGUGACGGUGGUGGAAACGGCAGCGGAAGGAGGUCUGGUCCUGGGCCAAAGAGGGGGGGUCGGGAUCCGCGGUUGGGAAGGGAUGGUAGGCCGAAGAAGACGCAAGAGGAGUUGGAUGCCGAGAUGGAGGAUUAUUUUGCUAGUGUUGGUGCGGGGAAUCAGCAGCAGCAAGCGCAGCAGAGUGAGGGGGGGAAUGCAGCGCCUCACCAAGAGGGUGGGGAGGAUGUGGAUAUGAUUGAGUGA